AUGAGUGUCCUGGAGGAAGGAGCUGAUUUAAAAGUGUUUGUGAGAGAGGUCCAGCCUUCACCUCUGGCCCGGAGGACGGACUUCUUCCAUGACAGAACAAUCCUGCUGUGGUACUGGCCUAUCGGUGUGAAGUUUAAUUUAAACUCGUGCUUUACCUACUACAACAUUGAUAGCUGUAUUCUGACAGCUGACAGAUCCUUCUUAAACAAAGCACAGGGAGUCAUUUUCUACCAUAAAAACAUACAAUUGCGAAGCUUGCCGCAGGGUCCACGUCCAGCUUUUCAGAAGUGGAUUUGGUACCACGUUGAAUCCCCGACAAACACGGGAAGAACACGGGGUCUGGAAAACCUGUUUAACUUAACACUGAGCUACAGAAGAGACGCUGACAUCACGGCGAGGAACGAGCUUACUAUCAGGAAGACAGAACUCAAUUAUGACUUUGUUUUGCCCAAGAAAGACAAACUGGUGUGCUGGAUUGUCAGUAACAAAAGCCCAUCAACUGGAACAGCUGUGAGAGAAAGAUACUAUAAUGAACUGUCUAAACACAUUGAGAUCCACCUCUUUGGUAUAGCCCAUACAGGGCACAUGUUGAGCUAUGAUGACUAUUACUCAACCAUUGCUAGCUGUAAGUUUUACCUCUCAUUUGAGAACUCGGUCCACAGAGACUACAUCACAGAGAAGGUUAACGGUCCUCUCGUGGCAGGGACGGUCCCUGUAGUUUUGGGUCCGCCAAGAGAAAACUACGAGCAGCUCAUUCCCUCUGACGCCUUCAUUCACAUAAACGAUUUCCCUGAUGCUAAGUCACUGGCAGGGUUUCUGCUGAACAUGACGGACGAGGCGUACAAACGUUACUUUGAGUGGAAGAAGUUCUUCACAGUCACCCCUCAUCUCCUGUCCACACACAAUGAAUUCAUUCAGCCUGUCUGUCUCGCCUGUGACCACAUUUCAAGAGACAAGGAUUACCAUGUAGUUAAUGACCUUUAUAAAUGGUACUUUCCAUGAAAAUAUCAAUGACAACGUCGACUUUGAUAGUGGUUCACACACAUGCACAAUAAAUACAAUAUACUUCAAUA